UCGGAAAUGCAAAAGAUAAGACUGGCCAAGUUGGAACGUAUGUUUCUUUGUCUGUGGCUUGUUUUUCCUCGGUUUCAGUCACUUAACUAAACCUUAGUCUCGACGACGUGUUUAGCAUUAGCCACAUUACGGACUCAAACAUCAGUUUUCGAGUCUUACCACUCGAUGAUGUUUUGCGAUCUAUUUUUAGCCUAGCCUAGCCUAGCCUAGCCUAGCUGACCAACUGCUAACAAAGCUGCAAAGCACGUUGUCAAUCGUUCAGAAACAAGUCAGGAAAAUGUCAUCCAGAACGACACCAGCUGCAGUAAAGUUCCAGGAGGAACUUUGUGGAGUAAAAGAGGAGCCCCCACAUCAGCAACCCUCGACUGUGUGCGAAAUAAUGCACGUAAAUGUUGUUCUUCACAGACUAGAAGAUCUAUAUGUUAGCCAAGCCCAUCGUCUUGAGCACCAGGAGUCUGCAUGCAUCAAGGGGGAGGAGGAAGAAUCUCCAUACAUCAAGGAGGAAGAGUCUGUUCACAUUCAAGGUUUCAGAAAAUAUAUUGGUGCUGAGACAGAAUCUCCUGGCGUUAACGAGUAUGUUGAGCUCCCCCAAAUCAAAGAGGAGGAGGAGCCAGAGCCCUGUCCACAGAGGCAACUUCCAAUCAAAAAGGAGGAGGAGGAGCUGCCAUAUGGUAAAAAGGAGGUAGAGGAGGAGCAUAUCACCAGGUUGACUAGUGAGCCCUUGAAGAGUGAAGAUGGUCCGAGUGAGGCCGGCAGAGGGGCAAAGCCUCCAAGCGAGGGGAGUAGCAGCAGCUCAACAGAAGGAUUGCAAGCAGACAUUGACAUUGCUUCAUCAGACAGAGAUGGCGCCACGUCACACUCACCUUACAAUGAUGAUGGUCAUAAGACAUCUCACGGUGACGACAAACUCUGCAAAUGCUCUCAGUGUGGGAAAACCUUUGCUACUAAGCAAAGUUGUCGAGGACAUAUGAGGAUCCAUACUGGUGAAAAACCUUAUGUCUGCUCAGUUUGUGGAAAGAGUUUUGUUCAUUCGGGAGACUUAACAAAACACACAAGAAUCCACACUGGCGAAAAACCUUUUUCCUGCUCAGUUUGUAGUCAAAGAUUUGCUCGGAAGCAACUCUUAAAACAACAUACAAGAACCCACACUGGCGAAAAACCUUUUUCCUGCUCAGUUUGUGGUCAAAGAUUCACUAGAAAAACUAGCUUGAAAAUACACACAAGAAUUCACACUGGAGAAAAACCUUUUCCCUGCUCAGUAUGUGGUCAAAGAUUCACUCAGCAGCAACACUUAAAAGAACAUACAAAAACACACACUGGCGAAAAACCUUUUUCCUGCUCCGUUUGUGGUCAAGGAUUUGCUCGUAUAGAAACCUUAAAAAAACACAAAAGAACACACACUGGCGAAAAACCUUUUUCCUGCUCAGUUUGUGAUCAAAGAUUUGCUCAGAAGCAAACCUUAAAACAACACACAAGAAGCCACACUGGCGAAAAACAUUUUUCCUGCUCAGUUUGUGGUCAAAGAUUCACUCAAAAAAAUAGCUUGAAAAUACACACAAGAAUCCACACUGGAGAAAAACCUUUUCCCUGCUCAGUUUGUGAUCAAAGAUUUGCUCGAAAGCAACUUUUAAAACAACACACAAACACUGGCGAAAAAUCUUUUUCCUGCUCAGUUUGUAGUCAAAGAUUUGCUCGGAAGCAACUCUUAAAACAACAUACAAGAACCCACACUGGCGAAAAACCUUUUUCCUGCUCAGUUUGUGGUCAAAGAUUCACUAGAAAAACUAGCUUGAAAAUACACACAAGAAUUCACACUGGAGAAAAACCUUUUCCCUGCUCAGUAUGUGGUCAAAGAUUCACUCAGCAGCAACACUUAAAAGAACAUACAAAAACACACACUGGCGAAAAACCUUUUUCCUGCUCCGUUUGUGGUCAAGGAUUUGCUCGUAUAGAAACCUUAAAAAAACACAAAAGAACACACACUGGCAAAAAACCUUUUUCCUGCUCAGUUUGUGAUCAAAGAUUUGCUCAGAAGCAAACCUUAAAACAACACACAAGAAGCCACACUGGCGAAAAACAUUUUUCCUGCUCAGUUUGUGGUCAAAGAUUCACUCAAAAAAAUAGCUUGAAAAUACACACAAGAAUCCACACUGGAGAAAAACCUUUUCCCUGCUCAGUUUAUGAUCAAAGAUUUGCUCGAAAGCAACUUUUAAAACAACACACAAUAACCCACACUGGCGAAAACCCUUUUUCCUGCUCAGUUUGUAGUCAAAGAUUUGCUCAGAAGCAACUCUUAAAACAACAUACAAGAACCCACACUGGCGAAAAACAUUUUUCCUGCUCAGUUUGUGGUCAAAGAUUCACUAGAAAAAAAAGCUUGAAAAUACACACAAGAAUUCACACUGGAGAAAAACCUUUUCCCUGCUCAGUAUGUGGUCAAAGAUUCACUCAGCAGCAACACUUAAAAGAACAUACAAAAACACACACUGGCGAAAAACCUUUUUCCUGCUCAGUUUGUGGUCAAGGAUUUGCUCGUAUAGAAACCUUAAAAAAACACAAAAGAACACACACUGGCGAAAAACCUUUUUCCUGCUCAGUUUGUGAUCAAAGAUUUGCUCAGAAGCAAACCUUAAAACAACACACAAGAAGCCACACUGGUGAAAAACCUUUUUUCCUAUAGACCCUACUCACCAACGUCACACAAUGACGUGUCGCUGUAUCCGGCCGCCAUAUUGUCCGUCAUUGUUUAUCCGUAUUCUCAAUGGUUUCAAUUUGUCGUGCAAUUUAUAGUGCAAUUCAUGGAAGCCCCGGUGCUUUCAGACGCUGUAAACUCAUUGGAUGCGUUGCAUAAAGGCGUUAUGUGGAAAAGCUUCAGUCUAUCCAUUCGCCAGAUCCAUAUUAGAUGCCUAAAUCGAUAUUUUUCGACCCGCUGUGUUCGCCCUUUCUGCCUGACAUCUGCUACCCUGAUAUCUACAACUAUCUUGUCCACACUAAAUCAGCCUAUUCUCACGAAAGUUUGAAAAAAUUUAAGAGCAGCACUCUAAGCAACAUUACCCCGUGUUACCCUUCCAAUUUUCUAAAAUGGCGACGAUCAAAAAAAAAAGUUGACUGUGAUGGCCGACGCUUCAAGGAUAGGUGGAUAUUGGACUAUUUCUUCAAUAAAACACGCAACAACGGUGUCUGCCUCAUUUGCAAAGAGACAGUCGCUGUUUUCAAAGAGUUCGAUGUGACGCGACAAUGAUAUUACCGAACAAGACGCGCUGACAUGUACAACAUUACAGGGAAGAUACGCAGCGAGAAAUUAUAGCGACUUGAAGCACAGCAGCAGUAUUUUGCAAGAGCCCGAGUGUCGUAAGAGAACGCCACAAAGAGGAGACUGUUGAAAUCAUGAAUUAAAAAAAACAAAUGUGACACACAGAAGGGCUUGCCAAAAGUUGUUUAAAUAUAUUGUUCUAUGUAAAUCAGCCAAGGUAGCCCCCUGCAUUUUUACCACACAAAAUAUGGCCCCCUUUGCAAAAGGUUUGGACACACUUGUUUAACUGAUGAUCCGUAGACGAGGCCAGCUUCUUUCACUUGGUACCAGCUAAAUAUUAUUCAAAAUGUAAUGAUGAUGGAGCAAAUAAGCAUCUUGAAUUUGAAACUGUAUGUUGUCGGCGAUUAGCCUCGCAAUGAUCUUAAUUGUGGUUGUCAGCCCAAAACCCUCUAAAUAUAUAUUAAAUGCAUCUUACCAGAUAUAAAAUGACUACUACAUAAUCUGUGGUAAUCGUUUGGAGCCCAGCACAUCGGAGCGUUAUGAGAGGUUGGAAAGGCGAAGAGUGCACGCUGAAACUUCUGUUUUCUCUGCUCUUACAAACACGAGCCCGAGUGUUGUUGUGAAAAGUCAAUAAAAUAUGAAUACCAAAACAUGACUUGAACAACUUCUUGACAAACUGUAACUGCUUGUUGUCUACUUCAGGUCUUCAUAAUAAACAGGUGUAAUAAUUACAAAGUCAGGUGACUUAAUUUUGUUAUUCUAUUUGGAAUAUGCAUUGACAAUUUUUGGACAGUGUUGUAGACAAGAACUGGGACUGAUAAGUUGCAAUAAAUUUAUUUCAAGUAAUGCAAUUUCUCCAAUACGAUAUUUGAAUUGACAGUUUAAAAUUUUUAAAUUAGUGCAAACAAGGCCCACCCUCUGACGGGGGCAGCAAA